AUGGGGACGCGGAGACGGACCGACCGAGCGUUUCGUGUCGGCGGUUCGAAAAGCGACUUUGGACCGAGUGUCAAUUGUAAAGUGCGACGUCAGAAACGAGUGACGCAGGAGGAGGACGGCGACGACGACGACGAGAUGCGUGGGUGGAGAGAGGCAGACGGGCGAUCGAGCAGCUUUCGACGUCGCGACGUGAACGCACGACAAAACGGUUUGGCGCUACUCGUAGUAGCUUCUGGCUCGCUGUCCGCGUCGUCUCUUGCAAGUAGACAGUUCACGAGACUUGGCGUUUGUAUGUGGAAGAUCGAUUCGACAAAGAGCGUCUAG